AUGCAUAUAAAUGAAGCGUUAGAGUCAUCAAGAAAUGAAGUACAACGAUUACAUGCAGAGAGAGACCAGUAUGAAGAGACAAUGAAAAAGGCUUUCAUGCGAGGUGUAUGCGCCCUCAACCUAGAAGCUAUGUCUAUGUUCCAUGAAAAUGAAGGCAACACAGAGAACCAAGCCCCCAAUGACAACCAGGGUUUUGCAGCCUCCGCAGCAGAAGCGGCAUCUUUCACUGAACACACAGCACCUCAACAGUGUGCUCCAAGGACGAUCACAAGCCAAGCUGCAGUGACAGCGAGUACGCUUACGCAUACUGUUAGUGGUUCAGUGGCAAGAAAGUCUGCCGUCCCAAAGACCACUUCGUCAGGUAAAGGUACCAGGACUAUCACUGCUAAAGUGACCGCCAGACCGGACACUAUGAGAACAGGUCAGGCAUCCCUGAGUGGGGUUGGUCUAGCGCCACCAAUGAGCUCAGUUCUCGUUGAACGACAUCAUCCAGUCACACAGCAAACUAUAGGACAUGCUACAGCUAGCCGGUAUCCUAGGCAACAGCAGAUGCAAAGCAGUGGAUCUGGAGUAGCGCAGAGAAAGAUAGCGGGUCAGACGUCAAAUAAAAUUAAUCUUGCAUCGCCUAAUAUACAAACAGUGAAAGUGGUCCAGUGAAAAUACUCCUAUCUGGCAUUUGUAGAAUCUUUCGCAAGGUUUAUCAUCCUCGUAUUUCUUACUACCAGGGAUGGUAUUCAUGGUAGUUUUAAUUUGCAUAGUGACUCAUUUGCAUAGUGACUC